AAACGGCGAUAACAAUAUUGAUGGUGAUGGUGAUAAUGGUAAUGGAAAAGAAAAUAAGAUUUAUGUUUUUUCUAGAGCAUGUGCUAAAGCUGUAGAUCUUGAUAUCUUUCAAGAUUUUAACAUUUCUGCUAGCUUUUGGGCAAAAACAUCGCCAUUUGAAAAGGAAGUUGGAAUUCUAGAGUAUGAUAUUAAUGUAAUUGCUUGUGGAAUAGGAGAAAUGCUUAGUAAUAAUUGGCCAGCACUUAAAAGAUUAGGUAUUGGUUAUUUUCUUCAUUCUACCGAAGUUCAUGUUUCUCCAACGCCUGAUAUUAUGAGUAAUUUAUUUUGGUUAAAAGGCAUUUCACAACCAACUCAAUCAAAUCGAAAAGUUGAAUUUUCAACAGGUAGUGAAAAAGUCAUAAAUGGACAAGUUGGAACAUCGAGCUGUGGUAUAACAGGUGGUAUAAAAAAGGUUCAUAAUACCAAAUUCUCAUCAAAUGAAUGGAAAUUAUCUUAUAAAGGUCCUAAUAUUAAGGGGGAGAGUUGGUCAUAUGAAUUCGUUGAUAUAGAUGGCAGCAAUAGAGAAAGUUUUUCCCCCGGAACUCAUUCUGGUCAAUGGUUUAUCAUGAAAGAAAUGCAAGGAUUUUGUGUCACUAUUACACAAGUAUUAUGCUGUGAAAUCACCCAUGAUUGGCGCAGAUUCAUUCCAAAUACAAAAUUUCAGUUACUAAAACUUUGCCCAAAGAUGUGCCAUAGUCUUAAAAUUACCUUUAACGACCUUAAAGACUUUAAUGCAAAAUUAUCAAAACUCAACCAAACUUGUUAUCCUAAUACAGAAAACAUUAUGAUUACUCUUGGACGGAAUGAAAAAGAAAAUAUUAACAAAGCUGCAAACCAAAAAAUUGAGAAUUUAAAUGGUGAAAUCAUGCGCAUGUUAAGAUUUUGA